AUGCAACAAGCUAGCUUAAUACAACAAUCUAAUUUUACUCAACAAUUACUUUUUCCAGGUCAACAUUAUAUGCCAACUUUAUUCUAUAAUCUAUUUUCAACAUAUAAUUCCUUUGGAAUACCUUUUUCAACACCAAUUCAAUUAUCUUCACAACAGACAUUACCUACAAUUAAAAGUUUUUUAAAAUUUCAACAAAAAAUUUCUGUACAACUACUUGCUGAAUUAUCAAAUGAAGAUUUUAUAAAAUGUGAUAUAGAUACUAUUGGUGCAUGUCAAACACUUAGAAAAUAUACUGCAAAAUAUAAUAUAAUUCCUACCUUAUCAUGCAAUAAAUU